GGAGAGCAGGCUCCAACGGGACCGAGACUGCCCAGGAUGUCCAGCUGCCUGCCAAAACUGACCACUGUGGUGCUGAGCCACAGGCUGGAGGCUCUGUUUAUCCUCACCAUUUCAUUUGUGUUCUUUGCCACUGCUGUGUUCUACUGGAGCACUGGGGAGGAUGCUGAGGGCCAGCUCUACAGCUUGCCUGCACAAAGCAGGUGUGCUCAGUUUUUCCCUUACCAUCCCCAUCCUACUGCCGGUGGGCCCCCUCCUUCCCUAGGGGAUGUGUUUUUUGUGGAGACCUCGGAGCGAACUAACCCAAGUUACCUGUUCACGUGCUCUGUGGAGUCAGCAGCCCGGACGCACCCUGGGAAAAGGAUUGUGGUGCUCAUGAAAGGCUUGGCAAAUGGUAACGUCUCAUUACCCAGCCACUGGGCAUUCUCGUUGCUGAGCUGCUUCCCUAACGUGGAAAUCCGGCCCCUGGACUUGGAGGAGCUUUUCUCAGGGACACCUCUGGCAAAGUGGUACUUGCAGUCUGAGCAUCAGAAGGAACCUUAUUUCUUACCCGUCCUGUCUGACGCCUGCAGGAUUGCCAUCAUGUGGAAAUUUGGUGGCAUCUACCUGGACACCGAUUUCAUUGUGCUUAAGAACUUGAACAACCUCACCAAUGCCCUCGGUAUGCAGUCUCAGGAUGUACUGAAUGGGGCCUUUCUGUCCUUCACACCCAAGCAUGAGUUCAUGAAGCUUUGCAUGCAGGAAUUUGUGGAGAACUACAAUGGCUGGAUCUGGGCUCACCAGGGCCCUCAUCUCCUAACGCAUGCCUUCAAGAAGUGGUGCUCCAUCAGUACUAUCCAGAACAACACGACCUGCAAAGGGGUGCAUGCGCUUUCCCCAGAAGCCUUUUAUCCUAUUUGCUGGGAGGACUGGAAGAAGUUAUUUGAUACAAUCAGCUCCUCGGAGCUUCACAAGCUUCUUAAGAACACGUACGCGGUGCACUUAUGGAACAAACUGAGCCACGGGACAAGGCUAGACAUCACAUCCCAGGCUUUGCUGGCUCAGCUGUAUUCUCAGUUCUGCCCUGCCACGUACGCGAAGAUGAAGAAGGACUCUGAAGAGCAGUCUGGGCCUGUAAUGUGA